CACCAAAACCCCUCUCUCUCUCCCCUUAAAUAUUUUCGCCGACUUUCCAUUUCUGUUCCACAUUUGAAUCUCUCAAAUUUCUCUCCCCUUGCAUCUGAAAAUUCUUCUCUCAAUUCCAUUUCCAUGGCGCUGCCGUCCAACAGGUCCUCCUCUCCGUCAUUUCUGUCCGGAAGAACAAGCCCUAAUUCAAGAAGUUCCGAAAUCAGUAACCCCAUCCGCCGGAGCUUCUCGGGUAACCCGUUUUCAAAGCAAUCCAUAGUUGCCAAUCCCAGAGGCUUAAACCCUAUCACUCCGGCCAAUAGUCCCUCUGAUUAUCCACGAAGAAACUCAGUGAACAGAGAAAAUUCAUUUACUUCUCGGGACAUCUCGGAGAAAGAAAAUGGUAAAGAUCAGAGUCCUAAACCCGUUCGAGUUCGUUCACCGAUAGUUGGAAAAUCGUCGAAGCAUUUUAUGUCUCCUACAAUUUCCGCUGCCUCCAAGAUUGCAGUCUCUCCAAGGAAGAAGGUUCUGGGUGAUCGGAACGAGCCAGCUCGGUCCUCUAUUUCAUUUUCCGGAAUGAAGAGCUCUUCACUCAACUCGGUGAAUCGAAGUUUGGAGGCACCAGAGGCACUUGAAUCCGAUACCAACUCUCAAAUUCCUCCUGUUUCAAAUUCAAAAACAGCAAAGAUAGUGAGAUUUGGUGGUUUUGAGGUCAUUUCUGAUUCAUUUGACGAUUCGAAAUCCACUUACAGAUACGAUUUGAACCCGGAGAUGGUGGUAACAAUGGCAGUCGAAACCGAUAUGACGUCUGGAAAUGCUCAAGUUUCAAAAUCCACCAAUGCUGUAGCACCUUCCGAACCAUCUAAUUCUGAGUUUGCGGUAAUCUCUGUCUCGAACAACGAUUUAGACUCUCCUCCAGCUAAGAGUAAUUUAACUGAAGAAGUGGAUUGUGUCAAUCUUGAUCUUGAUCAAAGUUUUAAGAUAAGUCCUGUUUCUUCUCCAACAAUAGCACCUCUCGAUGCUGAUCCAUCACUUCCCCCUUAUGAUCCAAAAACUAAUUAUCUGUCUCCAAGGCCUCAGUUCCUCCAUUACAGACCAAACCGAAGAAUCAAUCGAUUUGAACCAGACGGCAGACUUGAGGAAAAGCUCCUUUCCUUUGCCAAUGUUUCCGAGUCUGAAUCUGUGGAGGAAACUGAUUCUGAAGAUUCAUCAAAGGAACUUGAUGAAGCUUCUUCCAACGAAUCGCAGAUGGAAGAAGAAGAAGAUGAAGUGGAAGAGGAGGAGGAGGGAAUUAAUGUUUCUGAACAAAGCCCAACAAAAGUUCAAAAGUCAUGGAAGGUGUCCGUGUCAAGAAUAUUCAAGAUCAGCUCUUUGCUUUUGAUCUUGUUUACUGCUUGUUUUUCUCUUUAUGUUGUGAAUGUUCAUGAUCCGAGUAUCUUCAAGAGGCCAAGCUCAUUAACAAUGGAAGAUGCAUCCGAAAUUUACGAGCUGGCAAAAACAAAUUUCAAUGUGUUCGUCCAGAAACUUGAGGUUUGGAAUGUGAAUUCCAUCUCUUUUAUUUCUGAUAUGGUUUUCAAUUUCAGAGGAGGGCUACCACUGGUUCAUUAUGAAAACCAGACCGAGUUCUUCAAUAUGAAUGAGCAGUGUCUUGUAUUAUCUCAUCAAACUGUGUGGGAAGAAGAAAACAUAUUGAAUGUAAUGGAAGCCAUGAAGGAUGGAGACACUGACAUUUUUGAAGAACCUAUUGAGAUAGAAGAACGACAAGAAGAAGAAGAAACUGACAUUUUUGAAGAACUUGUUGGAAUAGAAAAGCGACCAGAAGAAGAAGAAAUCGGCAUUUUUGAAGAACCUGUUGAAAGAGAAUCCGAGAACGAAGAACAAGAACAGGAACAACAAGUAGACUUGUUGCAAGAGAUUGAAGCAAUGAAGAUGAGAGAAAUUGGUAUUGAAAAUUUUGAAAGAGAAUCUCAAAAUGAAGAAGAGCUAGAAGAGGUAUCAUUUCAAGGAAGUGAUGAAGUCAAUGCCAAUGAAGAAGAGAAGAAUGGAGAGGUUUUUGAAGAACCAUUAGAAGAAAUCAAUGAAGAGACCUCAGAAAAUUCAGCUUCCGAUGAACUAUGUGAAGAAGAAGAAUACAUCCAAGAGAAAUCUGAGGACAAUUUCAAAUUUUCUUCAACGGAUGAUUUCAAAUUUCAUGAUCAAAUUAGACAAGAAGCGGCAGCAGCAACAGGGGAAACAGAGGGAGCAAAGAACACAGAAUUGCAAUACCAGUCACCUCCAGUUGAACGUCAAACUGACUUUGACCAUGAAAUUGGAGGCAGAACCAUUGAUGUCAUCAGAACAGAAAUCGGAAUCUCUCGGGAUUUUACACAAACCAAAGCUAUUAUAAUAUCUGCUAUACUGCUGGGUUUAUCUCUUGUAACUGCAGGACUGAUUUAUGGAAGAAAAUCAGGCUCAAAACCACCACCACUAUCCAUUGCCGAUGAGCAAAAGAAGGAGCAGCCUCUGAUGAACAUGAGUCGAGUGGAAGAAAAAGAUGAUGAAGAAGAUGAUAUGGGUGGAGAAUUUUCUAUUUCUGAAACCAGUAGUUUCCAAUACAGUAGCAUGAGGGAAGGAGAAACAAAAGCAGACAAAACAUUGAAUGAAGUUGAGAGCCAUAGCCAUGUAAGGAGGAAGAUGAAGAAGAAUUCAAGAAGAGAAUCAAUGGCUUCUUCUCUAGAUGAAUAUUCAUUGUCCACUUCAGCUUCUCCAUCUUAUGGGAGUUUCACGACCUAUGAGAAGAUCCCAAUCAAGCAUGGUGAUGAAGAGAUUGUGACUCCUGUGAGACGUUCUAGUAGAAUUAGAAAGCAACACAACAAUAGUUGAAUUAGGUGAACUUGGAAUAUGCUUCUGUGGUUUGAAAUUUAGAAUAUUUUGUGUAGGUAAUGUCAAUCUUCAUUACUAAGAUUAGAGCUAGAGAGCAAAGGCAACCGUAGUUGCUAUUUUCAUCUGUUAUAUAAAAUGUCUUUGUUGGGACUCCUGAGACUAUUUUGUUGUGCAUACAUUUUAAGUUCUUAGUUCUUCAUUCUAACAAGAAAAACCUACCCCUCUACACAAAAUUUUGUAGAUUAAUUGACACAAAAUGUAUGAAAUGAUUUGUUGUUUGGAUC